CAUGCCUCUGACUCCGUCAGGCUGCUGCUGCCCUUCAUGCAGUCCUACGCUCGCUCUGGUGGAUUCUCCAUCACUGGGAAGAUUAAGACGGCGCUCAUCGAGAACGCCAUCUACUACGGAACCUACCUGCUGAUCUUUGGCUCGCUGCUCAUCUACGUAGCUGUUCAUCCGGCGCUGCACCUCAGCUGGUAUGAGUUGCAGACCAUCGGCAUCACGGCAGCGAACACCUGGGGCUUGUUCCUACUGGUUCUGCUGCUGGGUUAUGGGCUGGUGGAGAUCCCUCGGUCCUACUGGAACGCCUCCAGACACGGUCACCUGCUCAUCAAGACCUACUUCAAGGCAUCAAAGCUGAUGACGGAGAAGGCAGACGCUGAGGAGAACCUGGAGGACGUGAUGGAGGAGGUCCGGAAGGUCAGCGAGUCCAUCAAGUACAACCACCCGCUGAGGAAGUACAUCGACACCAUCCUCAGGAAGUGCCCGCUGGACUACCAGGAGAACAUGGGCAGGAACAUGGACGACUACGAGGACUUUGACGACAAACAGAACACCUACCCCAGCGAGAAGAGCCUGGUGAAGCUGCACAAACAGGUGAUCUACGCUGUUCAGAGACACAACCGGACUCAAGUCCAGUGGCAGAUUCUGCUGCAGCAGGCCAUCCACCUGGAGGAUGUGGCCAAGAACGAGACCAGUUCAACCCACCAGUUUGUCCACAGCUUCCCGUCCUCAGAGCCGGCCGGCUGGUUCAGCAGAUACGUCUACACGCCGACCGUUGAGUGGUACUGGGAGUGUCUGCUGAAGCGAUGGUUCUAUCGGCUGCUGUCGGUGGUUCUGACCCUGUUCAGCGUGGCCGUGGUCUGGUCCGAGUGCACCUUCUUUAGCACCAGGCCGGUUCUGUCCCUGUUCGCUGUGUUCAUCCAGCUGGCUGAGAGAGACUACAACUACCUGUACAUCGAGAUGGCGUGUUUCGUCACAAUCUUCUUCCUUUGCACCUGCGUUUACUCCACCGUCUUCCGCAUUCGAGUCUUCAACUACUACUACCUGGCCUCGCACCACCAGACCGACGCCUACAGUCUCCAGUUCAGCGGCAUGCUCUUCUGUCGCCUGACUCCUCCGCUGUGUCUCAACUUCUUGGGUUUGAUCCACAUGGACUCGGCCAUCUCCCACCAGAAGAAGGAGCCGACUGCCUACACCUCUAUCAUGGGCUCGAUGCAUGUCCUCUCCUUCAUCGCUAACGGCUUCUACAUCUACUACCCCAUGCUGAUAGUCAUCCUCUGCAUCGCCACCUACUUCAGUUUGGGGACUCGCUGUCUGAACCUUCUGGGCUUCCAGCAGUUUAUGGGAGACAGCGAGAUGACGUCGGACCUGAUCGAUGAGGGGAAGGAGCUGAUCCGACGGGAGAAGAGGAAGCGCCAGAGGAUAGAAGACAGCGAGAACCGUCGCAGGGAGUGGAAGGAGCGUUAUGGAAACCCAAGGGAGGACUUUGCUGCGAGGAACCGGAGCAGCCAUGAGAUGAAGGAAACCAAUUAUUCCGACUCUGUGACGUCCAACAACAGACAAGCUAAAUACUCUCGUUCUGGGAGUCGAGCAGAGAGGGACUGCAUCGAGCUGCUGCAGGAUGCCGAACCUCUGGACUUCAAUGCCGACAGUCUGACAGACGACGCUCUGGACACCGAAUCCACCAGGCACGCAGGAGGACGUUACCUGUCCAUGUCUUCAUCCCGGAACCGGAUAUUUGACGACGUCUAACAGGGAGAAGAACCUGAGCAGAACCACGACCUGGAUCAUCACUGCCGACCUGCAGAGCGACACACCGCAUGAGCUCCGCCCACCUCCCAGCAUGCACUGCUCCUCGACCUCCAGGUCCGCUGGUGAAGCUUCUUCAUGAACGUCAGAACCUUCAGUUGACACAUGGGUUGGUGUGAAUGUGUGAACUGAGCGCGCUCAGCAGACACCCGUCACUUUAGCCAGAGCUUAGUUCCCCUUAUUUAUGUUUCUUAUCUUUAUGCUGGUGUUGUGGAUUAUUUAUAGCGUCGUUACCAUGGAAACGGUUCUCACUGAUUAACCUGCACUGGAUCUAAAACAGUCUGAAUGAAUCUAUGGGUUGAUUUAAGAACCUGAACAUCUUUUAUCACUGGUUCACCAACACUUCCUGUUUAAAGGUAAACACUCACCUGUUGUGUUGUAGUCCUGAAUGUCAGAUGUUUUCUCUAUUCUCAAUCAAAGAAAAACACGAGUGAUCUUUAAAGAACUGUUCUGUGUGGUUCUGCUUCAGUCACGCCUCCCUUCCAGACAGUCGCUGGUUGUCAGAGCUCUCAGGGCCGAUACUGAUCAUCAGUGAUGAAGGAGAUCAAUAGCUGAUCAGCAUUUACAGCAGGAAUAAGAAAUCAACGUGUGAAAAUUCAGAACAAUGCAAAAUUUGGAUUUGUUGACAUCUUUUAUAAAACCUUCAUCCUUCAGUGCUGAUUGGCCAUUACUGGUGAUGCAUAGCCAAUCACAGGGAGCCGUGGGCGGGGCUUAGCGGUGACCUCAGCUUGUUUAAUUCACAGGAAUCUGGCUCCACGCAUCGCUGAGCUCAGACUGAUGACUAGGUUCAGACGUCUGUGCCGCUCUAUGAUAAUAUGAAGGACAAGCGCAGACGACUGGUUCUGGUUCUGUUCCAGGUCGUGUCAGGUGUUUGUUCUGCUGCUGGAGGUGAAGACAGACGGAUGUAAGUUUAAACUGCCACAGAAUUCCUUUAAGAUGAAGUAGAUCAGAACUACCCAGCGGGUGCCUGGAACGUCAGUGUUAGUGGCUGACAGGAAGCAUCGGGCCGGUUCUUUAAAGUUCUGCUGUAGAAGAAGGUUUCCUGCCGGCGGGUUCAGCUCAGAACUCCAGCUCACUUUGUAAAUAUGUACCAUAGGUUUUGUAUUUAUGGUUGUUUCUGCAGCUUGUUUCCUCUGAGCGUGGUGACGUGUUUCUGCUGAUUCUGGUGAUGUUCUCCUCUGAUGUCUGGUUGUCCGUCCUGAUCUCAGCAGCUUCUGUGGUUCUGGUGUGAUUCACAGCAGCCAUGUUUGCUCUGCCGCCGCCGCCGUCGUGUCAAUAAAGUGAUCAAACGUU